UUUCACGUCCAUAUAUAAACAGAUGGAUGCCUUUCUCUCAGCAUUUUCAUUAUUAAAAUUAAAAUAAAAACAAAUAAAUACUCUAAUUGCGGGAAGAAAACUCGUGAAGGCCUUGGAAAUUAACUACCAUGGCUUACGUUGAGCGAGGUGUUGUGAAGUCCAAAAGAUCAAUAUGGCGACUGAGAACUAUCACUGAUUUCUUCUGGGCUAUUGUAAAUUUUAUAGGCGUGUUCUUUGCUACUAUGUUCUCGAUGGAAAAGUCAAAUGCUUACCGGAAAGGAUCUGGUUCUAGCAAGAAAUGGGAUGGUGGCCCUGGAGGGCCUGGAAGUGGUCCAUAUGGUGGCGGCGGCGGCCCACGUGGUCCACCUCGAGGCUUAGAUAAUGUUCGAGGGAUUGACCAUAGUUCCUUGCCUGCCUGUGGCUCCUGUUGUGGUUAAUUGUAGAGAUAUCUCUGGUGCUUUUGGCAAGUGCUUUCAGUUGGAAAUAUUAAGUCAUAAUGUGUGUAGUUCAAUAGAUCUUUGUAGUGGGCUUGAUGACAUGAACAAUUUGGGUUUAUAUUUAUGGAAGGAUCAACAAAGCUUAUUUUGUUGACUGUUAUAGUUGGCUUUAAUAUCUGUGUACACGGUACAAACAACUUGGUGAAAUAAUAUGAGAUUUCGCAGUCUGUCUGAGCCCAAA